GUAAAACAGUAAAACCCAUUCGUUUGGACAGACAUUGUAAUUUUCUCAUCGUUUAUUCUUCAGCAGCUUUGAGUCUGAUGUCCUCGACACCUUUUUAACACUGAGAAUUGUCUCGUCCAAAAUGAUAAAUCCAAAUAAAUAAACAAGCAGUGAGCUGUGACUUGAGGGAACUUUGGUAUUAGAUGGAGCCAGAGAUCGGACAGAGCAGGGAGUAAUCCUCUUUCUAAAGCUGUCGUAAGCAGGAUGAGCUGAGAAGAGCAACAAACCGUGACUCUGAGAGGACUCCUCCUCUCCGUUGUGGGAUGGACAUGGAAAACUCAAGUGUGACAGCUGCUCUGGAGCCAUAAAAGAGGAAAUCGAGUCAUUUUGGUACAAUAAUAGAGAUGUAAUUCAUCCAGACUGAGUCCCAUUUCUGUUGGAGGAUGGCCACUGCAGAGGAGGACCCCUACCUGGGCUCAGGCCCUGAUGAUGAUGAUGCUUCAUCAGGAAGAGAGCCUGACUGCGACAGCAUCCUCUCUGACGACUCCUUGCUACCUGUCUACACUCAAGAGCCAACAAAUGCUGGUGAAGCGUCAACUCUCUAUCACGCAUGUGCUCGGAAUGACCACAUAGCUCUACGAAAAGUCCUGGAGAGAGGGGUCACGAAGGACGAGGCGAUGGAGUAUGACAUCAACGGCUGGAACGGCUUGAUGGUGGCCUGCUGUAAUGGUUUUGUGGAUAUUGUUCAUGUGCUACACAACUGUCCCUUUAUAGACAUAAAUCACCAGGACAACGAAGGCAACACAGCACUGAUUAUGGCUUCCCAGGCAGGUCAUAUCAACACAGUGAUGUACAUCCUGAACUACUACCCAGGUGUAGACACAGAACUCAAAGAUUGUCGAGGGUUCACGGCUCUCAUCAAGGCCACCAUGACAGGCCGCGAUGACGUGGUGGCAGCUCUUGUUAUGGCUGGGGCUGACACAAAUGCAGUGGACUCCUCUUGUGGAAAGUGUGCUGAGGACUGGGCCCUCAAAACGGGUCGCUUUGAGACCUUUCGUCGUCUCCGCCGCCUCACCAUGCGUCCGAAGGCCGAGCAGUUCUGUGAGAGUUACAUCCCUGAGUGGCCAGAGCUCAAGGAGAAGGUGGACAAAGCUAUGGCUCAGAAAAGCCCUGCAGAAAAAAUCACUCUACGGAUUAAAAACACGUUUGGAUUCAGCUUUCCGCAAGAUCCCCAGGACAAUGGGGUCAUGGACCACAUGGUGCGCAUGACCACCGGCAUCCACAGCCCUCUCAUCUCCACUGGAUGUCGCCCUCUCUGCCCCACGAGUCCGCCAGAAAUGGGGAAGAGACGGCUGGCUGUGCAGGAGCUGAUGAAAAAACACCCACAGAAGGAGCUGGAGGAAAGCUCAGUAUGCCACAGCAACGGAUCAGCAUCAAUCGUCCCUUCUGUCCACUCUGCAGAGGCAGUCGCUGCAAUGUGCCCUCCUGACACUCAGCGGAGAGGUAGCAUCCUGUCUUUGGCCUCUAACAAAAUGGCCACAACUUUCAUUCCCCGCAGUGUGGCGAGGCGCAACAGUGUGUUCCCAUCCGGGUGCAUUCCACACAUCAGUGUGGACAGUCCUUCAGACCCUGCACCAAAGAAAGACAAGAAGAAAAGGAACAAAGACAAGGGUCGACUUGAACCGCCUAAGUGGAAAUACAAGGAGCAGCAAGAGGAGAAAAAGAAGGGCAAGGACAGAAGGAUGGCCAAAAACUAAAAUUAACCCUAUAAAAAGAGCGGAUUCACAUUUUAGUGAAAAGUCUAAAGCAGUGGUCCUCAAUGGUCCUCAAUAGGUGGCCCGCGGGCCAUGUGCGGCCCACA